GGCGGGGUACCGAGUCGGCGAUCGGAUCGGGAAAAGACGGAUCCGUGUUUUUGUAUCACGAGCGCGCUCAUUGGGCUCCAAGGUACCGCCCUCCACCGCCGCCCGCUGUCGUGUGCGGGUCCGUCUCCUCUUCUUACCUUACACCCGUCUUCGUAUUCAGCUUGCAUACUUUCAUCGUCGCUUUCGUCUCGCAAUGCACUAUUUCUCACAGCUUUUCCAUUACGAUCAUCCAUGGGCACACGUAGUGAUUGGGAUGUGGCAUAAAUACCCCAAUCCUCACUGCUCCCAUGUCGUCACGAUUGAUACUCUGGACCGUUCCGUCGAUCCGGAGACCGGUGUGAUUAGGACAGAGCGGAUACUGGGCUGCAAGCAGAAGACCCCGCUAUGGGUGGUCAAGUUGUUCGGCGGCUCGGAGGAUGCGUUCGUUCGGGAAGUGUCAUUCGUCGACCCACGAACGCAGCAGGCAACAUCACAUCCCGACCAUCGCACGGCUUUCCACCAGACUGCGGAGAUACAGUCGCGUAUGGCCCUGUGGAGAGGCGCGGCGGACAGGCUGGAGGGCUGGCUGGUACAGCGAUUCGAGCAGAAUGCGCAGUUGGGCAAGAUAGGCUUCACGGAUGAGGGACAUGCAGCGUGCUGACACGUCGGCGCAGCCUGAGGGCUGUAUGCGGAUAUUUCUUUUCUCAGGUUGGGCUGUCUGUCCCGCAUCUAGAUGGACCACAGGCGUAGUUGAAGCAAAAGAGGCUAGAAAGGGUGAUGUCCCUCUGCAGUCCUAUACCAUACAACAUUGUACAAUCAGCCGCAUACACUACCUCCUUCUAUCCGUCAUCCGCACACACAUUACAGUACCGAGUGAAGAGUGUAUGCUCUUGAACCAGUCCAAGUCAUCUAAUUAUUGGUCUAAUGAGUGAAUUGUUUGAUCCUAUUCA